AUGGUGUCAAUCUCUUUGAUGGUGGCCGCCAUGGUGCUUGUGGUCAGCGCUCUUCUUAUGCUAGGAGAUCGAGAAGACCUUCCUUCUUACGUGACGUUAAAGCAACAGUGGGAAACAAGCAGUGGAUACGACCUGGGUGAUCUAUCGUCUCCCAUUCUUUAUGGACAGCCACUCAUUAUUCUAGCCUAUUUGGCUCGCUUACCCGUGUUAAGUCGUAUCCUGUGCAACCAAUUGGCAAAGGAAAACAAAAUUAUUGAAGCUCGCAAGCUUGCAGCUUCUAUUGCAGAUCUACCGCUAUAUUAUCCGUACGUAGAGCCCACCCAGAGCGACGCAGAGCAAGGAGAAGAAUCACUGUCUCUCCUGGAAUUUAGCAAGAAAGGAGUCAAGAAAGAAAAAGCCACCACUGCCUUUAAGCAUUGGAGUAUCUCCGACUAUACGGUGCGGUACACUUCGGGUGAGGUGACACCCGUGCAAGUGGCGAAGGCUCUGCUGGCGGCCGCUGAAAAGAACCAGCAGAGCGAAUAUCCUCUUAACGUGUUUGUAGAAAAACACGAUGACUGGAUCAUGGCCCAAGCUCAGGCGUCAGCAGAGCGCUAUGCUCGCGGUGAGCCUCUUGGCGUCUUAGAUGGUGUACCUGUGGCUAUCAAAGACGAAGCUCGCAUCAAAGAUCACCGUAUGUUUAUUGGCACGUCUUUUUUAGGAUACGAAGAAGAACCUGCAACAAAAGAUGACACGCCAGUCGCUCGGCUUCGUGCGGCAGGAGCCAUUAUUCUCGGUACGACUAACAUGCAUGAAGUUGGUUCAGGUGUCACGGGUUACAACAAGCACUAUGGCACGGUUCGUAAUCCAUACAAUCCGAAAUGCUACAGUGGUGGGUCGUCUAGUGGUUCUGCUGCAGCAGUUGCAUCUGGACUGGUACCGUUGGCGCUUGGUUUAGACGGUGGAGGCUCAAUCCGUAUUCCUUCCUCGCUUUGUGGUGUUGUCGGUAUGAAACCCACGUUUCAACGCAUCCCUUUCGCCGCUGCUGACUGCCCUUCCGUAGCCCACGUCGGUCCUAUUGCAGGUUCUGUGCGUGACGCUGCUAUUGGAUAUGCGAUCAUGAGUGGAAGUGAUAAGUCGUUUCCUCUCGGAAUGACGCAACCAUCUGUGGACUUGCAUUCGUUUGAAGACACGUCCUCCCUGAAAGGUAUUCGUAUCGGUUACUUUCCUGAAUAUUCGAACCAUUCGUCUCUUGAAAUUGCUGAGGCAGUCACCAAGACACUACAAGCUUUGAAAUCUCGCGGAGCGGAGUUGAUCGAGACACCACUUGAUCACCUAUCAGCUAUACAUGUCGCUCAUGCUAUUACGAUUACGUCCGAAUUUGCUCAAAAUCUGGAUAAGUACUACGAGCGCUUUGGUGAAAUGUCACCGGAAACACAAAUUAUCCUGGCGUUUGGUCGGAGCUUCACUGCUAUGGAUUUUCUUGCUGCGCAGCGUAUAAGGGCUUUUGCACUUCGUCAAUUUCAGGAGAAGGUACUCAGCAAAGUACAUGCGUUCGUGACACCCUCGACCGGCAUUACUGCUCCCGAGAUUCCGCUUGAGGCAUUUAAGGCUGGGGAGCUAAACGCGGCGCAGAUUGGCAACAUCCUUCGAUUUAGUGUAUAUGGUAAUCUUAUUGGUGUGCCAAGCAUAGCUGUGCCGAUUGGGUACGACUCUCGCGGGCUUCCGAUGUCGAUUCAGUUUCAGACUGCUCACUGGCAGGAAGAUCUAAUGCUACGUCUCGCCCAUGUUACUGAGAAAUUGUACGCAGAGAUACAAAAGAGACCACAGAUCUAUUUUUCCACUCUUGACGACGCGGCCAAUUAUGCAAGCAAUUAG